AUGGGUGGAAGACCACGUCAUGCCAAUGUUGUCGUAAAUGAGAAACAAAUUGCCAAUGAACCCGCGGCUCCUUUGAUUUCGAAAAAUGCGCAGGCUCCCAAUGGGGACAAGAGACCUACAGGUUCGGUUCCUAGAAGAGCUGCGGAGGAAGAAGAGCAUGUCAUAGUCAGAGGCGAGAAUGGGGGGAAUGUGAUUGAAUCGACUCGAGUUCACACGGGGGAGACCAGGACGGAAGUCACGCCUAGCGAGGAUUGCCCUUCUCAGGAACAUCACGUGGAUCCACCGGAUGAUUUGGACUACGAGGGGGAUGUGGUUAUGGAAGUUGAAAAUGAUGACAGGGAUACUCACAGGGAGGAGUGCAUAGUUUGGAAUUGUCAAGGCGCGUGUGGUCGUGAUUUCCACCGCGUUCUUAAAAAUAUGAUUCUUACCCAUAAACCUGCCAUUCUUAGUCUCGUUGAACCGAAAGUCUCGGGAUCCCAUGCUGAUGCUAUUUGUAAAAGGCUGGGGUUUUCUGACUGGGUUCGGGUUAGGGAGGUUUCUCAGGCUUGUUGGUUUUUUGCGGUUGUUUAUGGUAGUCCAACUCAUCACCUCUGCUGCCGGUUAUGGGGUGAACUUGCGAUGGGAAAGAGAGGCAUUCAGGGCCCGCUGCUAGUGGCGGGUGAUUUUAACUCGGUCAUCUCUCAAGACGAGACUUCAAAUUAUUCGGCCUUCUCGAUUCAACGAAGCUCGGAGUUUGCCGAGUGGAUUCGUGAUGAGGGUCUUAUUGACAUGGGCUUCAGUGGUCCAAAACUCACCUGGGUCAGAAGUGAUCAGUCAGGUUAUACUAAAGGGGCUAGGCUUGAUCGGGCUCUUUGUAAUAUUUCAUGGCGUCAUAGUUUCCCAGAUGCUACAGUUAUACACCUUCCGAGGAUUUCUUCAGACCAUACUCCCCUUCUUAUUCAGACUGAGGCACGGAUUUUGCAUAACACCGAGGCUCCUUUUCAGUUCCAAGCGGCCUGCCGCAAGCGGGUGAUCAUGGCACGGUUAGGAGGAGUGCAACACAGCUUAACUCAACACACCCACGGAGGUCUUGUGAAGUUGGAGAAGGCUCUCAUUGUAGAAUACCAGGAAAUUCUCAACCAAGAAGAGCUUUUGUGGUACCAGCGUUCUCACGAGGAUUGGAUCGUUUCAGGGGAUCGAAACACGAGUUACUAUCAUACGGCUGCAACAAUCCGUAAAUCUCAAAAUACUAUAAUCACUCUCAGGGAUGAUAAUGGGGAAUGGAUUUCAAACACAAAUCUUCUUAAAACUCACGUUAGCAACUAUUACGCUUCUCUGUUUUCUGCUUGCUCUAACACUAUCUUCACCGAUGCCUUGGAAAGUUCCUUUCCGAGAGUUCCACAGGAUGAUUGGCGGGUUUUCAACAUGGACAUCACGAAGGAGGAGGUGCGGAGUGCCCUCUUUGAUAUGGCCCCGUUUAAAGCUCCGGGACCAGACGGCUUUAGAAUAGACUAA